AUGGCCGGACAUCGGAACAUGCAGAGGACGAUCCUUGCGACGAUCAUUCCGCUUUGGCUGUGGGCAUCUACGCUCAGCUUUAGCGUGCCAACUCCGAGGCAAAAAUCUCUCAGCGUGAUCCGCGAAACAACAGGGCAGAGUAUCAGCCAAAAAGCUCCUGAAUCAGCCUUUGUGGAACUGUCUCCCCAGGAACAAGUGCUCACGACCAAUCUAGCAGAAGCUGGAAGGAAGGGUGACUGGAGCCGCGUUAGCCAACUUUAUGGAAGGUACACAGGUUCUGCAGAACCAGUGCUCACUGCCGCCAUGCAAGCAGCAUACCGAUGUAAGCGUUACAGGGAAGCGGCCAAAAUCUAUGAGAAGUUAAGUUGUGCGGUUAAGGGGCUGAACCAGGUCAGCUUGCUCGUGGCACUCAAAAUUUUCGGCAAAUUAAGAGAUCCCGAAACAGUAAACUCAAUAUGGGCCGAAGCUACAGAGCGAUCAUUGGUUGACAAGCGUCUGUGUGGUGCCCGAAUUGAUGCAGCGGCCUACAUGGGAGACAUCGAGGGGGCGGCCCGGGUGCUAGACGGCAUGAUUGCUGGAAAAAUGGAGUUGUCUGUUUAUGUAUUCAACUCGGCAAUCCUUGCUUGUGCGAGCGCAGCGCGCCCGAGCCACAACGCAGCCAUGUACCUCUUCCAAUCCUUGCUGGACAAUGGAUUCUCGCCGACAAUCAUAACUUUUGCCAAUCUGGCCCAGGCACAUGCGAAGGCAAGUCUUGAACAGAUCCAGCACAUGCGUGCCAUGAUGAAGAGAUACAACGUUCGUUCCAAUGCAGUUUUUGCUGAGUGCUGCCUGGGUGCACUGUUCCAGCGGCGAACGAACCCAACCACUCGCACUACUCGAGCCAUCGACGCGGCGCUUGCCGAUCUGCAUCAGCGCGAAGCAAGGCUGAAAGAAGCUGAGAGUGUGCUGCUUGAGCUUCAGGCCAACAAAGUUGAGUUGACCACGCUGUGUCGAAGGAUCUUAAAGUACGUCCAGGAAACCGUCUAG